UGUCUUCCUACAUAUACACUCACAAGCAUCUCAACCCACACCAUCCCUCUCUUGCUUCUUCUUCUUUUUCCUUCCAUGGAGGCUGUGGAGUUAAAGGUACGCUUGCACUGCAAGGCCUGCGAGAAGGGGGUUCGAAAAGCUUUAACCAAGCUUAAAGGUGUUACUUGUGUGGAGAUGGAUUUGACAAGGAACAAGAUAACGGUUUUAGGUUACAUUGAUCAGAAAUCAGUGGUUAAAACCAUUCGAAAAACAGGCAGAAGGGCUGAACCUUGCACCCCCACCAUUAGAAAUUUUAAAAAUUUUGGACGUUUUAUGUGAUAUAUGUUGCAGCAUGGCCAUGUAAGCAUGUUAUGUUAAGUAUAAAUUGUCAUAGCUUGGGUGUUUUUUAGUUAGUA